AUGUCGGACGGAGCAUUGUCGCCCUCUCCAGAUUUUUCCGUCGUAUCUUCACCGUCAUACGAACCUGGAAACUCGAACGGUGGCCAUCCCUUGCGCAACCUGCACGUGGUCGACCCUUCGAGGGUCGGUUCCAGCCGCGAGAGCCUCCUUGGCCCAGCCGAACUAGAAGACUAUGACCGAGAAGAAGCAAGCAUUCUGAUUGCUCCUCCAGCUGAUGGCGACGGGUUCUCUUGGGCACGCCAAAACCGGCUACUUAAAUCCAAGUCCCCCUUCCAAGCUGUUUCGAAAUGGAUUAGAGGCCCUCAGCCUCCUCGAGUCUACCACGUUCAAUCUUCCGAGUGGCUCCAGGAUGCGUGCGACCGGCUCCUUGACCGGAUUUUGCCCGGUCGAUGGCUCAAGCUCUUGGCCCUGCUUGCUCUCUAUGUUUCGUGGAGUGGCAUGUUUCUUUUAGCGCUUCCAAAGUCGGUGAUAUCGAGCAUUGAUUCCGCCGAUGGCCAACCGAUCAGGCUAGACUGUACAUCUCGGCUAUGGGCCAACAGCACCGCCUGCGGGUUGGACGGCCAGGAAUGCCGUCCUUUCGAUGACAACCAUUUCGCAUUCAUUUGCCCGGCUGGUUGUAAAGACGUCAUGUUACUUGAGCCUCAUUUCAUUGGAUCUCAGGAAGUCAAUUACCGAAGCCUCGUGGUCGGAGGACCACAACGUCUUGAGGAUCCUGCUUCCGCCGUCUAUCGCGGAGAUUCCUUCAUCUGUGCCGCGGCCAUCCACGCCGGAAUCACGACCAACUCCAGAGGAGGUUGUGGGGUGGUGUUGCGCACGGGAGAGCGAUCCAACUUCCCCAGUGUUGACGCCCACGGGAUCCUCAGCAUUGGAUUCCCAUCCAACUUCCCGCUUUCCUUCACCUUCAACUCGUCCAGCUCGGCAACGGCCGCGUGUAAGGAUUCUCGGUGGACGUUCUUGGGCACGUCGCUCCUGAUCACUUCUAUCUUGUCCGUCUUCGUCACCUCGGCGGUGACGUUUUUCUGGUCAAUAUUCGUCGGCGUUUUUUUCCACGUGGCCCUGAUAUCGGAUCCCCCGUAUUACCAAGACUACGCCGACGCGGUCUCGCUGGCAUUCAGACGAUUUCUGCCGGCGGCCUUCGUGGGCCAUGUCAUCUACCAGUACUGUGUUCGCCGGACCUUGUCCGAUCUCAAGGCGCCCAUCGAGAGGACUGUGCUUUGGCUCGGGGGAUGUUGGGUCGGAGCACUCAACAACGUCACCUUCGACCGCAUCCCGAUAUCGCGGCUGACUCCGCACGACUUGAAGCAACAGCCCGGCGCCAUCUUGGCGCUGUCGCUGAUCGUCGGCAUCAUCCUCGUCAUUGCGGUGGGGCAGGCCUGGUGCUUUAGAACCGAAGGUCGGAUGCCGCGGUAUCUGCUCUUCUACGGCGUCGUGGGCGUGUUGUUGACGGCGCUUGUUUUGAUCCCCGGCAUGAACCUCCGGAUCCACCACUACAUCCUGGCCCUGAUCUUGUUGCCGGGGACGUCUCUCCAGACCCGCCCGAGCCUGCUGUACCAGGGCAUCCUGGUCGGACUGUUCAUCAACGGCGUCGCGCGGUGGGGCUUCGACAGCAUCCUCCAGACGCCGGGCCAGCUCCUCCAAGACGGUGGCGCGGUUGGCAGCCUAGUACCACACCUGUCCAGCGCGCCGGUCGUCGGCGGGGACAACAACAACAUCACGUUCACUUUCGACGGGGACUUCGCCCUGUCAUCAUCAUCAUCAUCAUCCUCGUCAUCAUCAGCAUUCGACGGGAUCGGCGUGCUCGUCAACGACGUCCUGCGCUUCCGCGCCUUCAAGCCAGACGACAUGACCUUCCAAUGGACGAGGCGGGUGAGCCAAGAGCCCGAGUUCUUCAGAUUCGCGUACGUGAAGAGGCUCGACUUUGCGGCCGGGGAGUGGUACGGCGAUUUCACGGCGCCGGCGGUGUGGCAUGGCAACGGCACGUGGGUUCCGGGCGCGGGUUAG